UUGUAUAUGCUGUCAACUGUAGUUCUUAGAAAUUGACAAAAAUCAGUAUCAGCAGGUACACAAAAAAAACGGAAAUUGGAAUCGGCCAAAACAAUUGCAAUCAGUGCAUCUCAAAUUGUAAGUCAUUUAAUUACUAAUUAUUGUACUCUCUCAUGUUCAGUACCAUUACCCUGCACCCUGAACUGAUAUCUAGCAAAAAGCAUUAUAAACAGCGGACCAUUAGACCAAUAAUGAAUGUUUAUAAGAUGACAUAAGAUACAAAAAAAAAAAUCUGCUUAAACUGUUUUUACAGGACAGUGAAGUUGUCAGGUCAGCCAGGCACUUGUUGUCUUUGCUGACUUCAGGCAGUGCAGCUGGUCCCAGUCAGGAUAAUUCCAGGUUUUUUGUGUAUUUUUAUUUAUUAUUGUGGUAAGGAUAGUUAGUAAGGAUAGUGUGGUAAAGGAAUUCCCUGUUAUGUAUAUGUAUUUGUGCAUACAUAGUUUUAUUAAAUUACUUUCAUUAAAUUAAUUUAAUGAUUCAGCCUCCAUAGGCAGCACACUGUUCAGCAGAGGGCCACCAUCCAAACUGAGAUGACCAGAUCAUUUCCUGGGUUUUUCAGCAAAGGACGGGGUAAAAGGCGAAUGCUGUCAGUGCCCCCUAGCAAACCCGCAAAAAUAUUGCCUGUUAACUUUUAUCUGCUUCCUCACCAAUAUGAGCGAACACCUAUGGAGAGUGAGCAACUGGUACAUAUGCAAGCUGGGUUGGGGCGAAAGACAAUGCAAAUGGAUGAAAAUGCAACUUAUGAUGAAGUAUGUGCCCAACUGAAGGAGCUGUUCCCAAAAUUUCAGGAAGUAAAGGGGGGUUGGCUUGUCUAUAAAUCUUCAGGAGGAUGGGGCUCCCGGAAGCUCAACCUUAUUCCACCCGAUGAGAGUGGGUACAGUGCCAAGCAUUUGAAGGCAGCAACACAAGGUUUUAAAGGAGUGCUUUACAUAGCUCCUCUUCAAAUGGAACUUGACACCACUGCUCUGCCACCUGAAUCUGAAAGCUUUAAUGACAUGCCAAAAGAGAAAUGCCAGAAAUGUGGAAUCACUUAUCCAUUAGUCAUCCUGACUGCACACAUAAAGUCCUGUGUGACAACUGAUGAAGCUGAACAGACCAAUCAAGCAACUUGCCCCAUCUGUCAAAAUGAAAUGCCUCUUGAUGUGAUGGAGAUUCACGGAAGUUUUUGCACAUGUGACAGUGUGGUAAUGAAGUUUGUGUAUUAUAUUGUAAGCACGCAACCUCUGGAAUUCAAUGCGUCUAUGGAGGAACCAUCUACAUCUGGAUUUUCCAUGCCUGUGACACAUACCGGUGAUCAUUGAAAUGCAGCUGAAGCCACAAGCAUGAGUUAUGAUUGGAAAACUGAACCAGAUAAAAAUAAAGCAGCAUCCUUAUACACAAAGGAAAUAAUUUGCCAACAUGAGAUGAGAAAGCCCCUCUUGAUGACCAUGGAUUUGAGGAUGGACAAGGAAGAUCAAGACAGAGAACUUGUUGCAUUCUACAAACAAAACGGCAUAGAAUGGGCAAGCCCUGUGAAGUGCAGACUCCAAGGGGAUGCUGCCAUUGGUGAGGGAGUAACCAGACAUUUCUUGUCUACUGUUAUACAGAGGCUUCAGCAUGGAUUUAAUUUUAACAUGGGAAAUACUGCAAGGACC